AUGUUGCCAAAUGAUAGUUAUAAUGAUCGUGGUGGCUAUGGCUGCGAUAGAACAAGUUAUGGUGGAAGCUUUGAACCUAAAAUUCAAAUAAAAUCAAAUUCAAACCAAAAGAAAAAUCCAAAAUCAUUAAAUGAAAGUGAAGAAGUUGAAGGACCAACAUUUGAUGAACUUGAUCAAGCUAGAGAUCUAAUUGUUAAGCAAAAUACUAAAUAUGAAACAACUCGAACUGAAAUUUUGCCGGGGGAUGACUGGAACUGA